UUCUUUGGACAGUCAAUCAGGGACAACAAUGGACCAACACAAAGGCGGUCACUCUGGACCAUAUAUGAAGAACCAACGUGCCAGAGGAUCAGAGCUGAGAAUCAUUCUGGUGGGCAAAACAGGAACGGGCAAAAGUGCCACCGGGAACAGCAUCCUUGGGAAGCAAGCAUUUGGGUCGCAGCUGACUGCCCAGCCGUUCACUAAGACUUGCAGUGAAAGUCAGGGAAGCUGGGGAAAGAGAGAGAUGGUCAUUAUCGACACACCGGAUAUGUUUUCUGGGGAGGACCACUCCGAUUCCCUGUGCAAAGAGGUGCAGAGAUGCUACUUACUCUCGGCACCAGGACCCCAUGUGCUGCUCCUGGUGACCCAGCUGGGCCGAUUCACCGCCCAGGACCAGCAGGCUGUGCAGAGGAUGAAGGAGAUCUUUGGAGAAGAUGCCAUGAGUCACACAAUUGUCCUCUUCACCCACAAAGAAGACCUCGAGGGAGACUCCUUGACGGAUUACAUCCAGGACACGGAUAACAAAGCCCUCCGCAAGCUGGUGGCAGCAUGUGGAGGGCGAGUGUGUGCCUUUAACAACUGUGCUACAGGGAGUGAUCGGGAUGGCCAAGCGAAGGAGCUAAUGGACUUGAUGGAAGGCCUGGUGUUGGAGAGAAGGGGUGACCACUACACCAAUGGGCUCUACAGCCUAGUAACAGCGUCAGGAUGUGGACCUGUGUGCGAAGAGGAAAGGUUAAAGGAUUUCAAAAGAGAUCUUAGGAAGUACAUGGAAAAUCAGAGACGUUACUCCACCAUGGCCAAAGCAAAUUACCUGAAACAAGCCCUAAUCAAGACACCAGCCUUUAUUUUUUUAUUUUUUAUUCAUUUCUUUCUCAAAUUGCUAAUUCUGUUAUUUUGUGUAUUGUACAGAAUGUGCGUCUCGUUUUGCUGCUUUCUUUUGAGUGUAUGCUGUUUGUUCUGUAGCUUACUGUUAAUGAUAGCCAAAAUAUUGCUGAUAAGUUUGAGAAAGAUCACUGGGCUGGAAGGCAAGACUCCUAGAUUAUAGUUACAGGUCAGCGAUUAUUUAUUCACGACCAGAUACUGGG